AUGGCCUCCGUCCCUCUGGCAACACUACCAGGCUUUAGCGACCACACCUUCAAGUCGGCUAGUGGUGUCGAACUUGGUGUGCGGGUCUGGCCCGUUGAAACCACUCUCGACGAGCCCGCCCCAGUUGUUAUCUGGACUCACGGCGGCGGAUGGAUCGGCGGCUUCCAUUUUGCGCCGCUGCCAUGGAUGGUCCCAGGCUUCCGGCGGCGAGGAUAUCACUUCGUGUCCCACAACUACCGUCUCGCCCCUCAAGCAAGGAUUGACGAACAGGUCGCCGACUGCCUAGAAGCGGUAUCUUGGUGUCGUGCCAAUCUCCCCUUCAUCCUAGGUGCGGACAAGGUCGACGUCAACCGGUACGUCCUCAUCGGAGAGUCGGCCGGUGGCCACCUCGUUACCUCGAUGGCCCUCCAGCUUUCCAAUCCGCGUCCAAAGGCAAUCGUCAAUGUGUAUGGCCUCGUCGACUUCCUCCAGUUUCCACAUUUUGGCCCACCCGAGCUCCGGCCUACUCGAACGACCCAAGAGCCGUGGAACGGAAAGUUCUCAGAGGUGGAACUUAACAAGUUGCUACGGGAUCGCGACCAAGCCAAUGCUUUAACAGACGCCCUUCCGUGCUCAUGGGAUGAGUUUCAGGCCGUCUCAAAGACCGAGAUCAGCAAGCUCUGGGAGAACGCUUUCCACUGCACGGACAGGGUGCUGAAGCAGGCCGAGCUGUACGCGCUACACUCGCCGGCCUACUCGGCCGAGGGACUGCGCGUCGGUAUCAUGCACGAGGAUGACUUCCCCAACGAAAGCGAGUUGAUGGCAUUUGUGUGCUCCGUAUCGCCGUACCGAGUCCUGCAGCAGCGAGUCGAGCAAGGCAUGAAGGGGCCCGAGUUGUACCCGCCGACGGCAUUCCUCCAUGGAACAGGGGACGCUGAUGUGCCAGUCGAGCAGAGUUAUGCAAUGGCGGCGCUACUUAAGAAGGCGAACGUGCCCGUGGUAGAGUCAUAUGAAGAGGGCGAACCGCAUGUCUUUGACGUCAAGUACACGGGACCUCAAGUCCCAGGCUGGGACACAUAUAUCGAGCCCAUCCUAACCUUUGUGGACCAACACGUAAGGCAUCAUGGCGAAUAG